UAUAUAAACAUCAAUAUAAAUGUUCGUUGCAAUCAAAAGUUCCUCUUUCACUUGCUUGAAUUUUGCCCUUUCUUUGACCUCGUCUUUCUUCCACCAAGAUUCAAAAACCUCCCUCCGAAACACAAAAAAUCUGUCGAUUAAUCUACGGCCUAAAUAAAUUUGAACAAACAGUUUGAAAAAUCUGUCACCCAAACCAAAAAAUAAGGAAUUUCCAGCUGUAAAUAUAAUGGCGGUGCCCAAGCCCUGCAGAGGCCAAGGGGGGGGCCUUGCAGGAGGAUCAGCAGCUCCUUCAAAUUCCUGCUCUUCUUCUGCGGCUUCACCCACUACUACAUCUACGUCAAUUACAGACACAGUAAACGGCUCCCACCAUUUCACAAUUAAUGGCUACUCCCUCUCCAAGGGUAUGGGAGUCGGAAAAUACAUUGCCAGUGAGACUUUUGUUGUGGGCGGCUAUGAAUGGGCCAUUUACUUCUACCCAGAUGGCAAAAGUGCCGAGGAUAACAGUCUUUACGUUUCGCUCUUCAUUGCCUUGGCCAGUGAGGGUACGGACGUUAGGGCUUUGUUUGAAUUGACGUUGUUGGAUCAGAGCGGGAAGGGGAAGCAUAAGACGCAUACGCACUUCGAUCGGACGCUGGAGAGUGGACCUUAUACGUUGAAGUACCGCGGGAGUAUGUGGGGAUACAAACGUUUCUUCAGAAGAGCUGUGCUUGAACAAUCAGAUUAUAUUAAAGAUGACUGCCUUUCCAUAAAUUGUACUGUAGGGGUUGUUGGGUCACGUACUGAGGGACCAAAGAUUUACAUGAUCCCAGUAACAGAGUCAAACCUUGGUGAGGAUUUCGGUGAAUUUCUGGAUAGUGGCAAGGGCGCUGAUGUAACUUUUGAUGUGGAUGGGGAAAUCUUUCGGGCUCAUAAGUUGGUGCUUGCUGCUCGUUCACCUGUAUUCAAAGCCCAGCUCUUUGGCCCCAUGAAGGAUCUGAAUACAACUGAAAUAAAGGUUGAAGAUAUGGAAGCCCCUGUAUUCAAGGCAAUGCUGCAUUUCAUAUAUCGGGAUGUUCUGCCGGACAUGCAUGAACUGAUCGGGUCAACCUCCCCAAUGGCUUCUACAUCAAUGACUCAGCACUUACUUGCUGCAGCAGAUCGAUAUGGCUUGGAUAGGCUCAGAUUACUGUCAGAAGCAAAAUUAUGUGCUGAAAUCAACAUAGAUACCGUUGCAACUACUUUGGCCCUAGCAGAGCAGCAUCAGUGUUUCCAGUUGAAAUUAGUUUGUCUCAAAUUUGCAGCAUCACAUCUAAAAGCUGUUAUGCAUACUGAAGGAUUUGAUUACUUAAAAGAGAGUUGCCCGUCUGUCCUAUCUGAACUUUUGGAAAGCCUUGCAAGAAUUGAGAAAGAUUCUGGCAUGGUUACUAGAUAUCGAUAUGAGGGAUUAGAUGGCAGUGAUGUUAAUGGAAGGCGAGUGAGGCAGAGAACAUAGAUCCUCUCUCAUGAAUAGUUUGUCCUUGCAAGUGAGAUUUUUUGUCUCAUCCACUGUGACGGUAUGAAAAUCCCAUUGGCACUCUACAUUAUUAACCAGUCUGACAUUCAACUUUCAUGUUUUGAUAAAAUACUGUCAAGCCUGGUCUCAGAAAUGCCAUUUGCACUUGCUUCAUUAUGUUGUAUAAUCUUAAUUCAUUCAUUUGGUUUUGUUACAGUUGAUGGCAGUGGCUAUAGAUCUGAAUUUUUUUAGUGUCA